AUAGUUAAGACUUGGAAAAAUCAAGAGAUGGGAAAAACAAGUUUAGUUGUAUUGUUUUGCUUCAUAGUUGUUAUGGUCAUGCCAAUGACUCAAGGUGUUGAAUUAGGACCCAAGGCGGUUGAAAAAUGGUUCAAGAAACUUCCUCAUGCAAAGCAAAAGGUAACUAAGUUUCAUUUCUAUUUUCAUGACAUAGUUAGUGGAAAAAAUCCAACUGCGGUCCAAAUAGCCCAGGCCAACAUGACUACUAAAUCCCCAACUUUUUUUGGGUUUGUCGCAAUGGCGGAUGACCCACUAACAGUUGGACCGGAGCCCAACUCGACUAUAGUGGGUCGAGCCCAAGGGAUUUAUGGUGCAGCUGAUCAAAAUGAGUCUGGUCUUCUCAUGACACUCAACUUUGUAUUUACAACUGGCAAGUAUAACGGUAGCACGCUGAGUGUAUUUGGUCGAAACCCAGUAAUGAACAAGUAUCGUGAGAUGCCUAUCGUUGGUGGUUCUGGAGUUUUUCGGUUGGCUCAAGGAAUCGCCACCGCGAAAACCUAUUGGAUCAAUAUGACUAGUGGGGAUGCUAUUGUUGAGUAUAAUGUUAUGGUCCUGCAUUACUCACAUUAAUUUAAUUAUUUGAAGCUUUGCCUUCAUUUGUAAUAUUUCCUAUAUAGUUUCUCUACUUUAGUUUGUGUUAAGGAUUAAGAUGUAUGUGUUUUGAACAAUGAAAUAAGACAUUUAAAGAAGGUGUG